AUGUCCUCGUCAACAGCUCGAGCUCUCAUCACCAUCGCAUUGGUGAUUCUGUUCCACGCAGGCUACUCUGCCUACGAGCACCGCGCAUUCCAAAAGUCCGUGGGUCGUACGGCAGUCGGAAGGCUACCUAUUGACAUUAUCGUCGAAGCCCUCAUAUCCGCUACAAUCUUUUCCUUCGGAGUCGUAUUAAGCGCAGACGCCCUCAAACCUAUCAAAUGGCGCGAAUGGAACGCGGUAUGCGAGAAGGAAGGAUCGAGUCCUUUGCAGUAUUUGGACACGAGACCGGGGUUCAUUGAUAUUAGGCAGAGACGGAAGGAGUAUGCGACUGGCAAGACGACAAAGGCGGGAAAUGGUGAUGUUAAGGCAUGA